AUGGCAACUGAAGGUGUGGUCGCUCCUGUGGACGUUCCUGUUACAGGCAAUUUUGCGCCUACAACUGAAAUUACUACAACCCAUUAUUUUGGUGGAGUGCUCGAUUUGUUUGCAGUGCUUCGUUUAGUGCCUAUUCAAUCCAAAGCAUCAACUAUUAAUGAGGGCGAUGGAAAAUUAUUUUCUUUUUUUGGCAUCUUGGAACCAAUUGCUAUUUUCAUAUAUCAACCCAUAUACGAUGCAGUCGUUUUUGCGUCUAUUGAAUCAUUUCCGAAUUUCCUUUUGUUCAACAUUGAACUCUUCUACGUACCAAAUGUGCUGAUUUUUAUUGCUUGCUAUUUUCUAAUGCGUCGUCGUAAUUCAAACAUGGCUGAACAUAACAGCACCGAAAAUUUAUAG